AUGUUUCAGUAUUCUUACUGUGUCAGCCUAACACAGUCUCGUGUCGGCCUGGGCACAUGCCUUAACUUGCGGUUAUGGCAUAAUGCGAAAUACGAUAUAAUAGUUGCGGCGUCUUGGUUGCAGCAGAUCAGACGUCACUGCUGCGGGGGAUUCCCUCUUACCCCAGAUUAUAUUUUUCACAACUUUAAUUGUGCGGGGAAGAAGUUGUAUGUGCUUUCUGUGAAAUGA